AGCAACAACAACAAGAAGUAUUGAGCGCUUGACAGAAAUCCGCGAUCGAUCUGCGAAGCCAUGGCAGCCAUCCGCAGGAAAUUGGGCGAGGACUACCAGGUGGUGAACACCAGCCGGGGCAGGACUUUCUGCGCGCCCGCCAGGAGGAAACGGCAGCGCUUCGUGGAGAAGAACGGCCGCUGCAACGUGCAGCACGGCAACCUGGGCGGCGAGACCAGCCGCUACAUCUCGGACCUGUUCACCACGCUGGUGGACCUCAAGUGGCGCUGGAACCUGCUCAUCUUCAUCCUCACCUACACGGUGGCCUGGCUGGUGAUGGCGUCCAUGUGGUGGCUCAUCGCCUACAUCCGCGGCGACCUGAGCCGCGGCGGCCACGACGCGUCGUCCUACACGCCGUGCGUGGCCAACGUGUACAACUUCCCCUCCGCCUUCCUCUUCUUCAUCGAGACCGAGGCCACCAUCGGCUACGGCCACCGCUACAUCACCGAGAAGUGCCCCGAGGGCAUCCUCCUCUUCCUCUUCCAGUCGCUGCUGGGCUCCAUCGUGGACGCCUUCCUCAUCGGCUGCAUGUUCAUCAAGAUGUCGCAGCCCAAGAAGCGCGCCGAGACGCUCAUGUUCAGCCAGGACGCCGUCGUCUCGCAGCGGGACGGCAAGCUGUGCCUCAUGUUCAGGGUGGGCAACCUGAGGAACAGCCACAUGGUCUCCGCGCAGAUCAGGUGCAAGCUCAUCAAGUCUCGUCAGACCCCCGAAGGCGAGUUCCUGCCUCUGGAUCAGUGCGAGCUGGACGUGGGCUUCGGCACGGGUGCGGACCAGCUCUUUCUGGUGUCGCCGCUCACCAUCUGCCACGAGAUCAACAGCAAGAGCCCGUUCUUCGACCUGUCCCAACGCUCGCUCAUGAACGAGCAGUUCGAGAUCGUCGUCAUCCUUGAAGGCAUCGUGGAAACAACUGGUAUGACAUGUCAGGCUCGGACGUCUUACACGGAAGAUGAAGUCUUGUGGGGCCAUCGGUUCCUGCCUGUCAUGUCCCUGGAGGAGGGCUUCUUCAGGGUGGACUACUCUCAGUUUCACAACACCUUCGAGGUGCCCACACCUCCUUACAGCGUCAAAGAGCAGGAGGAGAAGUCACCGCUGACGUCGCCCAAACCUCUCCCGGUGGCCCUCAUGCCCUCCUCCUCGCCGGUGGGUAACUGCGGCCGAGGGGGCCGCAGGGGAAGGCUCCUCUCGGCCGACAACGUGGAGCCCGCGGAGGACCAGGCCACCAGGCUGCCCAGCAAACUGAUGCGCAUGAGCUCCACCAGAGAGGAGCAACUGUGGAGAGGGAUGAAGACGGCAGUGCCCUUGCCCGGCGGGAAAGCCUCGAGCAUGGGCGACCUGCCGCUAAGCGUCCAGAGGCUCAGGUCCAGCUCCAUCCCCUGCCGCUCGCCAGGAGGGCGGCCGGAGGAGCAGGUCCAGCUCUUGUUCUUGGACGGGGACGCCGAGCAGGCCGAGCUGGAGAGGCACAUAGCGCCGGCGGCCAUUAACACCAUCGCGGCCGCCGGCACGCGGCCGGAGGACAAUUUGCCCCCCAAACUGCGCAGAAUGAACGCAGACCGUUAAUUCAGUAAAUUACAAACUUUUUCAGAGCAUCCAGAAAGUAUUCACGUCGCUUCACUUUUUCCACAUUUCAUCAUGUUACAGCCUUAUUUUGAAAUGGAUUCAUUUUUACAUUCUUUUGUUCCUCACAAAUCUACGCACACUUUUGAGAUUUUUGCAAAUUCAUUCAAUGUAAAACAACUCAGAAAUCACAUGUACGUACAGUAAGUAAACCGUGACGUCAGGCGGAGUUCUGGGUGGCAACUGCUCCAGUGGCACCACCAGUAUGCAAACCUUUACGUGUCAUUUGACCAAGGCAGAGGAAUUGAGAAAACAUGGUAAAUGGCUUGAAUGAUAACCUUACCGCCGUAGGUUGUAUGUGUAACGUGCCAGUCGAAAAGAUGUUUCGUCAGGUAAAUUGCUUGGAAGGGAGACAGAACGCCAGCUGUAAUUUACAUUAAAGGGUAAGUUGAUAAAAUAAAUAAAUGAAUCGAUGCGGUGGAAAUUGAGACAUAGUUAAGAUGAUCAAUUGACUUUUCUGUCGCUUGGAUUAAUGGCACAGACGUGCUCUUUUGAUGGUGAAAUGGAUUGAUACGAUGGAGGUUCGGUUUCCAGUCUGUCCCUAUAAAGUGUCUACUACGCCAUUAGGCAGUCUUGCGAUCUUCUCUCUUCUCUCGAUUUCAGUUCAGAUCAGCGGUGGUAAUUCGCUUUCUGCCGCCCAGAGGUAACCUGGCACCUAUUAUUUACAAAAUAUUCUAAAAAGGUCGAUUCACAGUCUUUAUCGUGAAGCUCCAAAUUGGACUCGUGCAUCCUGUUUCCGCUGGUGAUGUUUCUAAAGCUUAAAUGGAGGCAACCUGUGGUAAACUCAGUUAAUUGGACUCAAUUUGAAAAAGCACACAGUGUUUGUCAGAGUACAAACCGAGCAUGAAUUGUCUCGAAGCACAGAUAUGAGAAAUAGUACAGAAAAAACAAUUCAGCUGCUUUGAAUGUCCCACGGUAACAUAACAAGAUGUGGAAAAAAGUGAAGCGUUGUGUACACUCUGCGGUUGCACUGCAUGGGCAUUGCAGACAAUAAAUAACUGUGAUAUUAGUUGUAAAUUUACCUGCAGGUUUUAUUUGCCAUCUACCCUUAGAGAGACAAUAAGCCAUCCAUCCGCUCCGACUGUGAGUCUCUUUUGAUAGUUCACCAUCUGUGCCCCCUACCCUUCUGCCCUUGAGCUUCUUCUUUUCUCUCACAAACUUUCUUACGGGAUGAAAUACACUUUAUCGAUGCACCAAAGCGUCAGCCACCACGAGUCGCCGUCACCGUUUGCUAACCCUCCUUUCUUUGCCCGUGUUGUGUUGGGGGGGGGGGGUGGUCAAAUAAGGUUAGGAUCAAGUACAAGACGUUUCAUGCUGAUAGUUUUUGUCUAAAACCGCAAACACAUUUUAUAUCAGGCUAACCGGGGCUACUUUAGUGUACAUUGUAGCUUUACGGACAGAUCGGGAAUCAGUGCCCGACUGUACCCUUGUUUCACAUACUGGCUUAAGUCAUUAUAAAAAUGCCAAACUAUAACCCAAACUAAAUAUGUCAGAAAACAAAAUUAGUUGGGAUGGUUUGAAAGAAUGUAAUUGGUGUCGUUGAUGAUGCACAACCUGAAGGCCGACGUUAGCAUCGCUUUAUUGGCUGUAGGGAAACUAUUUGGCAGUUAUUCAUCCACAUUUGGGUUCUUUUGUGACAUAAUUAAGGUAUAAAACCAUGUCUACCUCUUUGUUCCAAAUUCUAUAUCACGCUUAGCAGCCGAGCAAGCGCGAUAGAGGGGUUAGCAAGCGGGCGGUUGACUGAAGAAAAUCACACAAGUCAGGUUGAUACGAUUUCUAAUUUCCACAUGGACUGUAUGUGUGUUUAUUGUUAUAUUUACUAAGGGGACAUAGCCACUGUGAUAUCAGUGGACAGCUGAAAUAUGGACAGAAGUGUUCUGAAGAGUGACGGACUGACAUUGAUUGUUGUAGUAACUAACCUGUGAGCCUUUUUAUUUAUUCAUUCAUUGAUGUUAUUUAUUUUGAGAACUCACUGUGAAUUCGUCAAAGCCGCAAGACAAACGAAGCGCCUGGUUGCUUAAAUGUGCAGUCUUUGAUUUGUGUCCCAUUCUUUUCGACAAACUUGCCAAAGGCAUCUCGUACACAAAGGAAAUCCUUUUACUGUAUUUUACUAAAAAUUGAGCCAUAAAAAAAAAAGGAAUGCAGUAAAGCAGUAAAGUAUUUUUCUUAUGUUAAUGCUGGGUGUUAUUUUUUUCUCACUCAAGCUUGUAUCCAGUUCUUUUAUACACUUAGUUGCCGGGGAAUUUGGGGCUGUCUUCACCUUUAUGUUUGCAUUGGUCGAACUACAAUUUAUUAGACAUAACAGGUCAACACUACAAAUCCAAUUUGAAUGACUUCCUUCUAUCCUGAUUGAUUCAUGCACCAUGCAAUGUUUUCAGGGGAUCAAUGUGUUAUUGUUUAAAGAAUAGAGGGGGGGGGGGGGGGGG